ACUGCUGCAGAGCUAUUUGUCCGUUGGGGAGGUCUUCAGAAAGUCUGUGAACGACUCUAUCAAUCAACGGAUGUUCUUCGAGAGGGCAUUCACCUUAUUGCUCUUGCUAGCGAUGUAAAGACCGUAGAUGAUCAGGAUCUGAGGGUCUCCAUACGACAGGUGCUAGACAUUUUGUGUAGAUCGAACGAUCGUGACCUUUUCGUUAGGCGGUACAGCUCUGGCUUUUUGGUGAAUGUCAUUGCAAAUCGACCUGUUAAUAAGAGACUGCUCAUAGAAUGUAAUGCCUUCGAUAUUUUUACCAGAUUGUGCUACCAGUAUUCCAACCUCGAACAA